GUUGAGACCUGUAACGUACCACAGUUGCCACCCAACCUUUCAUCUUCAUGCACGGAGGGACAGAAUGUGGCAUACAAUACAACAUGUGAAUUUUCCUGCAACAUUGGGUACGACCUUAUUGGGAUGUCAUCUCUAGACUGCCUAGCCAACGGAACCUUCUCUGAUGAUAUUCCAACAUGUCAAAUUGUAACGUGUAACAUCCCAGCUUUUCCGGCAAACCUAACCACGGAUAACACACAAUGCGGUACAGAGAUGAUGAUAGACUACAAUACAUCGUGCAUGUAUGAAUGUCAGCCCGGAUAUGACAUCAUUGGUAACUCGUCUGUCAACUGUCAGGCUAGUGGGGCGUUGUCCGCUGAUCUACCAACUUGUGAAGGCAUGUCAAUCUGACAAUUCUUAUCAGAAAACUGACACGAAUAACUUGAAACAUUU